AUGGCACAUGCAGUGAACGAUCAGAGUCUGAAUUAUCUCAGCUGUCCUGUAUGUUUGGAGUUACUGAAAGAUCCAGUAACUAUUCCCUGCGGCCACAGCUACUGCAUGAGCUGCAUCAAAAACUGCUGGGAUCAAGAAAACUCGCAGAAAAAGCCAUGCAGCUGCCCGCAGUGCAGGGAAGAGUUCAGCUGCAGACCUGCAGUGAAGAAAUGCACGGCUCUGGCUGAUGCAGUCAGCAAUAUGAAAACGCAUGCACACACUCGUAUGAGUCUGGAUUCCACUGCAGUCUUGGACGAAUACUGUGAUUUUUGCACGCCGGGGAAGCAGAAAGCCGUACAGACAUGUUUGACGUGCUUGGCGUCCUACUGCGAGACGCACGUGAAAGAUCACUACGAGUUCCGCGCGCUGCAUCGACACACUCUGGUGCGGCCCUCCUCACACCUGCAGCAGAAAAUAUGCAAAAGUCAUAAUAAACUGCUCGAGGUGUAUUGUGUGGAUGAUAAGUGUUGCCUCUGUAUGCUGUGUAUGAUGGACAGUCAUAGCGGCCAUCAAACCACUUCUGCUGUCAAUGCGUGGAGAACACAAAAGAUGAUUUGUAUGGUGUUCUCCCCAUGUCUUGAGCUUAAUAUGAAGAGUGACACGGUGACCCUUGGUAUCUUUAAGGACCGUAAAUAUGCCAUUUGUCCUGUCGAUGCACCGACUUGCCACACUCGAACCCUUCCUGAGGAGAUUGCUGGUGUGAACUCCGCACAGGCCGUGGUGGACUAUAAUGACAAGUUUGUCAUCACCAUAACGGAGGCCUUUGGAGACAUGUUGUCUAAAGUAAAUGAGCUAGUCAGACGACAAGAGAAGACUGAGCUGAGACGAGCCACAGAUCUUCAGAAACAUGUGGAGCUUAAGCUCGCUGCUAUGAAGAAGAGGGAUGCUGAACUCAAUGAGCUUGGGAGCACAGAUGACCACAUUUAUUUUCUCCAGAAGUUUCAGUCUUUGAGCUCCUCCGAGUUUGCCAGCUCCGGAUUUGUGAAAGAUGAUUCCUCAUUUGCGUUGCUCGGUGUUGAGUCUACUUUAUCUGAGCAGAAGAAACAGCUGGAGGAAGUCUUUCAGAAGAAUAUUCAGAUGUUUUCAGAGACUGCCAAGAAAGUGAAGAUCGUGCUUCCAGCAGAACCCAAGCUCCGAGUGGACUUCAGAGAAUAUGCCCGCAAGUUGAAAUUACACACCGAUUCUGCUCACCACUGCCUCAAGUUAUUGCAAGACAACCAAAAAGCGGAACGAGGCGACUGGGACGUCUCUUCACGUGCGGAUCAUCCGGAGAGAUUCACUUAUUGGUGCCAGAUUCUGUGUGUGGAGAGGGUUGAAGGUCGCAGUUACUGGGAGGCAGACUGGAGUGGUACAGCUGUCCAUUUUGCAGUGUCUUACAGCAGCAUAUUCAGGAAAAGCAUUGGUAAUUAUGGUAGGUUUGGCUACAACUGGCAGUCUUGGUGUUUGGCCUGCAGCAAAUACGUAUGCCAUUUUAUUCACAAUGGCAUUAAAACCAGCAUCACUCCUCCACAAUCUGCAAAGAUUGGAGUUUAUCUGGAUGAGAAGGCAGGCACACUGAGUUUCUAUAGUGUUUUGCAGAAUGAUACGAUGAUGCUGUUGCAUAGAGUACAUGAUUUAUUCAUUGCGCCGCUCUAUGCAGGGUUUACACUUGAGGGUCAUUCAUCGGUCACACUGUGUUCUUGA